CCGCUGAAGAGAGACGCUCUGACGGGCACGUGCUUAAGUCACGUGACGUACCCGGAAGUUAGGCCACGUCGCCAAAAGGAAGGCGGAACCGGGGACAACAGGAAGCUUUUCAUCACUAGAGCUGAGCCACCAGAACAUAAACCAACUUUUCAUUCUGUUGCGGUUUAUGACGUGUUUCAGCGAUGGCCCGUUUUGAGGAAGUAACAAACCAGUCCAGUUUGCACCCUAAGCCUGCAGGGUUGGUUUUGCAGUAUGGCACUGCUGGCUUCAGGACCAAUGCCAAACUGCUGGACCACAUCAUGUACAGGAUGGGUUUACUGGCUGCACUCCGCUCCAAAAAGACUAAAGCCACCAUCGGAGUCAUGGUGACCGCAUCACACAACCCUGAGGAGGACAAUGGGGUAAAGCUGAUUGACCCAAUGGGGGAGAUGGUGACGCCAACAUGGGAGGCCUAUGCCUCUCAAGUGGCCAACGCAGAGCAGGAAGAUUUGCUCUUGGCUCUGAAGGACAUAAUAGAAAAGGAGGCCAUAAACAUGAGCCAAGAAGCUCACGUGUUUGUGGGAAAAGAUACCAGAAGCAGCAGUGCCAGGCUUUCACAAGCAGUGCUGGAUGGAGUUUGUGCUCUGGGCGGUCACAGCAAGGAUUACGGUUUGGUGACCACGCCGCAGCUCCACUACAUGGUUUGCUGUCAAAACACGCAGGGUAAAUAUGGAGUUGCCACAGUGGAAGGAUACUACAACAAACUCUGUCAAGCUUUCAUUCAGCUCACCAAGAAUACGACCAACCGUACAGAUGACCAAAAGCACCUCUGUGUAGAUGGAGCUAAUGGUAUUGGGGCUCUGAAGGUGCGUGAGAUGGAGAGUCAUCUGAAGAAGGAGUUGCAGGUUUCCCUCUUCAACGACGGCAGCGAUGGAAAGCUAAACCACCAGUGUGGAGCAGACUUCGUUAAAGUGCAACAAAAACCUCCAAUGGGAAUUGAGAUUAACUCAGGAGAGCGUUGCUGUUCCUUUGACGGUGAUGCUGACCGAAUAGUUUAUUACUACACCGACUCUGAGGGACGUUUUCACCUGCUGGAUGGGGACAAGAUUGCUACUCUUAUCAGCACCUUUCUUAAAGAGCUGCUCACACAGGCUGGACUAGACUUGAAGAUAGCAGUGGUGCAAACUGCUUAUGCUAACGGAAGCUCAACACACUAUCUAGAGGACACAAUGAAAGUAAUAGUGAGGUGCACUAAAACUGGAGUGAAGCACCUUCACCAUGCAGCCCAAGCGUUUGAUAUUGGCGUGUACUUUGAAGCCAAUGGUCAUGGAACUGUGUUGUUCAGUAAAACGGCUGAAGAGAAAAUCCAGCAGUUAGCUGAGGAUGCCAGUGCCAACGACGAUAAGAAGAGGGCCGCCGCCCUGCUGCAGAGCACCAUCAACGUCAUCAACCAGACUGUGGGGGAUGCCAUUUCUGACAUGCUGCUGAUUGAAGCCAUAUUAGCCAUCAAGGGGAUGACAGUCCAGCAGUGGGAUUCCAUCUACAGCGACCUGCCAAACAGGCAGUGCAAAGUCAAGGUGUCAGACCGUCGGGUGAUAGACACAACAGACGCAGAGAGACGGGCGGUGAGCCCAGCGGGACUGCAGGAGGCCAUCGACAAUUUAGUGAAGAAGUACAGAAAGGCACGCUCCUUUGUGAGGCCGUCCGGCACCGAGGACGUGGUGAGAGUUUACGCAGAGGCAGACACGCAGGAGAGUGCUGAUGCCCUGGCACAUGAAGUCAGCCUUUUGGUUUAUCAGCUUGCUGGGGGAGUUGGGGAGGAACCCAAACCGUUACACUAGAAGCUCAGACGCACACAAUAUCGACCCAUCAGUUGGUGCUUUUUGAGUCCAAUCCAGGGAGACACAAUUUUCUGAGGUUGCUAUGUAUGAAUUUGCCAAUAAGUGGCAAUUUAUGUUGGCUAAUUGUUACACUUGGUACUCUACUUUUUUCCUCUGCACUUUUCUAUAACUGUGAUGAUGGGACACUCUGGGGGACACGAUCAAGGGGUGUUAUUAUAUCUCAAUGAGGUUUCUAUAUUCCCAUUUCGCCUUCUGAUUUAAAUAAGCUACUCUCGUGUCGUGUUACUAUAUGUUACGCAUCAAUUCAUCUAAUACAGUUUUAAUGUAGGUUCUAAAUCACUAUGCACUAAUGGAACAAAUUGAACCUUUUUUUUAACUGUUGUCGCUUUUUUUCUUUUCAAAAAAGUGAAAUCAUAACUUUAGAUGUUAGUUGAAUUUUAAUUAAUUAACUGAAAACAUGAAAAUGAACAGUCUUUUUGGUAUAACAAUAAAGUAACUUUUUAGGUACUAUAACAUUA